GUGGCGAAGAUGGCGGAUGGAGACAGUGGGAGCGAGCGCGGGGGAAGUAGCGGCGGCGGUGGCGGGGGUGGUGGAGGGGGAGGCGGCAGUGGGUUCCAGCACUUUCAGAGGGAGCAGGAGACCCAGGAACUAGCAUCAAAGCGUCUUGACAUCCAGAACAAGCGAUUUUACUUGGAUGUAAAACAAAACGCGAAGGGCAGGUUCAUCAAGAUCGCCGAGGUCGGAGCCGGGGGCUCUAAAAGUCGUCUGACCCUUUCCAUGUCAGUAGCGGCGGAGUUUCGUGACUACCUGGGGGACUUCAUUGAGCACUACGCCCAACUUGGGCCCAGCAGCCCUGAGCAGAUUGCUCAGUCCUCCGGUGGCGAGGACGGCGGGCCUAGGCGGGCCUUGAAGAGCGAGUUCUUGGUCAGAGAAAACCGAAAAUACUACCUCGAUCUGAAGGAGAACCAGAGGGGGAGGUUUCUCAGGAUCCGGCAGACCGUCAACCGUGGGCCUGGGUUCGGUGUGGGAGGAGGGCCCGGUGGUGGCAUGCAGUCCGGUCAGACCAUCGCCCUUCCCGCUCAGGGCUUGAUAGAAUUUCGAGACGCCCUAGCAAAGCUGAUAGAUGAUUACGGAGGAGAUGACGAGGAACUGGCCGGUGGCGGAGGAGCCGGUGGCUACGGCGAGCUUCCUGAGGGCACGUCCAUCAUGGUGGACUCCAAAAGGUUCUUCUUUGACGUGGGAUCCAACAAAUAUGGGGUGUUCCUCCGAGUCAGCGAGGUAAAGCCGAGCUACAGGAACUCAAUUACUGUUCCCUUCAAAGCGUGGGGCAAGUUCGGGGGGGCGUUCUGUCGCUACGCAGAGGAGAUGAAAGAGAUCCAGGAGAGACAGAGGGAUAAAAUGUACGAAAGAAGAGAAGAAUCAGAAGGCGACGACGUGGAUGACGACUGAUCUAACGUUAGCUUCCUAGCUGGUUAGCUAACUAGCUAGUUGGAGGGCGGAAAGGUUCACUACAACGUGAGCAAAACGCAAAAUGAGAAUAUUAGCUACGUGCAUGACGAAUCGAACAUUAAAUACUAAUAUCGUGGAGUAAAUAAAGUACCUUUGACUGAGAAAUAUUGUCGUAUAAAAAGAAUUUUGUUUUAAAAAGUUUAGGUGGAUAGCUAGCUAACUAGCUAGCUAAAACUAGCUAGCUAGUCAGUAAAGAGAGUUCCCAUUGUUAAAAUGUUUUCUAUUGUCAAAUCUAAAUCUCCCCCGUUAACCAGCAACUUAGUUUUCAUAACAUUCACAACACAGCAGCGUAUUAAAUCAGAUUAUUUUGAAAAUAGCUAGCUAUAUUUAUAAAAAAUUUACCUGGACCGGAAAUAUUAGCUAAUAUUAUAAAGAUUUGAAAGUAUAUAAAGUUAUGUGCAUACGUGUUAUAUUUAACGGAACGAGAGUAAAAACAUUUGAAACCAGCAUCCAGUGUAUUGCUGUCUGCCACUGGCCUGCAACUGCUAGCUAAAUUAAAAGCCGGUGUAGGUUCCAAAGUAAUUCGUGAAAAAGCAGUCGUAUCAGGCUGAUGGUGCACGGGGACGUGUAGCGAACACAGGAUUAAAUUUAAUGAUUAGAAAUGUGCUAAUAACGCUACUUAAUACUAACUUCGUAGCGACUGCACGCCUAUAAAUGCAAUGAAAAACUGAAAUGCUAAUGUGGGGACAAUCUCCCCCACAAAAGGUCCACGAGAAUUGUUACAUGGUAGCUCAACAAAUACUUAAAUUACACUCAUAUGUCAUCCAGUCCUUUACUUAGUGAAUGUGGUUCACAGAGGGUGCUAUUGCGUUACAUUUAGACAACCGAACAGGGUCCAUUUUCACCAGUGACCCGAGUCUGUGAUUAAGCUCUCGUCGUAUCUACUGUUUAAAUAUGAAACGUAAACGAAUAUCAUAACUUCAAAAUAUUGUGUGACGAGGAUUUAACAAAGUUUCAGUCUUAAGCGGCAGAAAUGGAAAGGAGUCUCUUUAAAAGCCGGUGAGAGAAGAAAGAACGAGCACGGCGCGCCCAGAAGCAGCCCAUGUGGUCCCAAGUGGUGGCGGAACACGGGAUAACUUGCCAUUUCCUCCUGGAGUUUAUAAGGACUUAUGACUGGAACUUUUGAUUUUCUUGGAUUCAUCUUUUAACUCGUCAGUUCACUCACUGACUACAUUUGGACCUGUAGCUAUACAAGAGGCAGCACCAGCCCUUCUUCGCAAGAUCGGUCGGACUUAUUCAUUGAGUACAUGGAACAAUUCAAGCUUGAUCACAGUUGUAUUUCGGACAGAAAUGCAUGGAUGGAUGGUUAAAAAAAAAAAAAAAAACACAGAAAAGAUUAUACUUUAGAAGAAAAUAACUUUGAAAACCAGCAUAGAAUUAUUUUUAAAUACCUAAAAGAAAAAAUAUAUAUGAAUAAUUAACUCUUGCAAAACAUGCUUAUUUGAUCUAAGCAUGGAUGCAGACAAUUUGUCCAGGAGGGUUUUUUUCUUUAUCCUUAACCUUUCUUUUAUUCUGAGAAUGAAUGGAAGAGUUUAGCGCCUCUAUAAUGAAAUAAUUACUGUAUACAUUAGACUGUAUACUUAAGGCAUAUUUGAGCCCUUUUAUCUUGUCCACUGGACAUCUAAACCAAUUUGCAGAGUAUAUAUUGAACAGUUCUUUUCCCCCACAUUUUAAAGUGAGUAGCUUGGUGUUAAGUUCAAGCUAUUUCUAUUAAUUUAGCACAAAAGAUAACUUGAGGGCAUCCAACGUGACUCCAGCGGUCCUUUUUAAAGUAUUUUAAAUUGUGCAUGCCUGUUCCAGUUCAGAGCUGCCUUGUGUUAAUUUAUUGCUUAUUCUGGUUACUGUAUGUUGGUAUUAAUCAACCGUAGACCUUUUUAGUUUUUUUCCCUUUUAAUUUUUGUGAAGAAAAUAUAUUGAAAUCCGAAAACCGAAAAGCAACAAACAGGGCAACAUUCAAUUAAAGUUUACAGGGCAACAUUCAACUCUCGUGGCAUAUGUAACGAUUUCCCCUGACGAACCGAGGUAUCUCUUGAUAACCACAUUCAUCAGUACCUCUGAUAGCUGAAUUUAAAGAAAUAUAGUAAAAAGCAAUGAUUUUCUGACCUGUUAGAAUGUGUGUUUAGUGUUAAUUUCUUUGCCACGUGUUGUUGCACUUUAAAAAAAGAAAAAACAAAAAGAAAAAAACAAUCUCACUGUUGACAGUCCAUUUAGCUUGAUGUGAACCUUUUCUUUACAUUUUAAUUUAAUUUUACUCUUCUCCACAGCAAAGAAUUUGUCGUACAACCGUAUGGGAGCAAUAGUUUUUUAUUUUUUGUUAUUAUGGUUUUUACUAUAUAUGAGUUUUAACAACAUUAUUAUUCCUGUACUGUGUUACGUGAAAAUGGCAGCUGUUUCAGUCGUGUGUGUUCUGCUGUAAUACUCUUUCAAGUUUCUUUCAGUAAUAAAUAAAUAAAUUCUUUGCUGAGGAAAAA